UGCCCUCCAGCAUUCACGCCUCCCGUGUCCGUUGCACGGCUCCUCACACACUAUAGUCGCGGGACUUUAGCACACUAACACCUCCGUAGGUGUGGGGGUGAGCCCCAGAGGAGGUGUCAAUCCUAGCGCUGCUCAGUGACCAUCGCGGCGCCACCCAAGUAACACCUUCGGCUUAGAGCCGCGCUCGUGAAAACUUCCACGUACUGGCUGUGAAGCGACUACGAACGUAUCUAGAGAGAAAAAGCCUGCGCCGGGCCCCUGUAAACAAGUCGGCGAAACGAAGCCUUCUGCUCGCCGUGAAGAAAAAGUAUUCACCGGUCACAGUCCUCACGGGAAUAAUACAUGACCGGCCGCGGUACGAGAGCGGGCUAAAUCCUAGUAUUCGUGUACAAAUAGUGAGCCGCUGCCGACGGCAGACGUAUUUCACUUGGUUCGCAACGUCAGGCGUAGUAGCGCAACAUAAAGUAUCGCGUCGGGAUAUUCGUGACUCUCGAAGAAAUUUUGUUCAUGUAUCGUAAGCACUGGAAGUAUCGAGGUAUUGCUAAUCGGGAUUGUUAGUGAUAUAGAGGUAUCCAGUUGGCCACGGGAUUUGUUGCUGUCACUUAUCUCAGUGCCAGAGAAAGUUGGGAUUGUGCAAAUUGGGCCUGAGGAAUAAUCGUGAUUUUUGGUCGCGUGAGAAAGAAAAAAAGAACGGUGAGCGACGGCUACUUGGGUUGGGUAUAUACGGAUAUGUGUGUGACCAUUGUGAAGAUUUUGACAUGGAAGUGACUCUGAUAUUAAAGAUUUACAUGGGCCCGAGGCCGUGAAGAAUUGUGCGCGAAUCACUCGAUUCGACUGGCCCAUAGGUCAAUGGGCCUGUUUCCCUGUGAACGCUCAUUAACCUAACUUUAAAUUGUGUCCGCAGUGUCUCCGGCAAGAUAUUUGCUUAAUGACAGGAUAAUACGAUUCGAGAGUGUGCGAAAUUCGCGGGAAUUUUGAUCAGUCGAAAUUACGUAAGGCGAAAGAGCAUCGGUGGAGUGUCAGCUCCUCCAAUGGAAUACAUUCUCAUGAAGAGAACAGAAUCCGUAACUCCUUCGCGGGAGAUAUCGCAAGGAAGAGGAUCUUCCUUAUCAUCGACAAUGCCCAAGAACUAACAAGUGAAAGAUAUUCGAGAAAAGAAGAGCGCGUCACGCGAACAAUUUCGUUAUAAUGUGAGUGAUAAUCGUGACGAGACUGUCUUCCUGCUUGAUAAGGUGAACAAAAAUUGAAGUAAAAAAAAAACAAGUCAAGUGCGUAUCGGCAGUCCAAGGAUAAUGUCCGGGACAUCGAGGAGGACCACAGCGUCUCUCCUCUGGUCCUGCUAAAGAGUACAGCCGCUCUUGUAAAGCAACCUUCACCGCGUGACAGGUCACAAUAACAAAUCCCAAGCCAGGAGCAAGCCCGAAUUAAAAGCAUAAAGAGCCAACGCAACAACAAGCUCCAACGGAAGGAGUCCAAGGGAACAAAUAGAGACAGCAAAGAAGUAAAAAGAGCCGCAGCUUCGCCAGGCUCUUUGCUUUCUUGAGUCACUCGAAGAGGAAUCUCGCUUGACUCGGCACACUCGCCAUCUCGAUGAGAUUCGAACAAGACACGGCGUGCAGGGGUACCCACUGCGCCAGCACUCCGCUACCACUGCAGCGAACCCGGCAGCCGGAGGAGGAGGAGUCGGAGCUGGAGGAUUCCGCGAAGGAGGUCGAGGGUCAAGCAAGAGAAUUGGAGGCUAACGUGGUCGAGGGUGCCAAGACGGGGCUCAGGAGUGAGGCCGCGGGGCCUGGGAUGGCGUACCCCGCACCAGCAACGGCUCUGAAUCAGCACUCACCCUUCUCGAGCUCGAUCUCGAGCACGACGACGAACCCGGGUGUCCACCUGGGCAGCCACUUGCCGGCACCGGCGGCACCCAGGCCAACGGACUUCAGCGUAUCGUCCCUCCUGACAGCCGCCGGCACGCAUCCACCGGUCUUAGGUGGCUCCUCGUCUCAAGGGAGCGCGUCGCCGCCUCCCGGUGGACCCGGCAGUCCGGCCGCGGCGCCGGAAACGCCGCCGCCGUUACCAAGUCAAAGGGAACUCUCGCAUCCAUCCUCGGCGGUCACCGCGGCCAGCUACUUCAGCGCUGCGGCUCUGGCCGCUGCCGGCUUUUACAACCCUGGGGCACAUCUACCGCCGACCAGCUCGCCAGGACCUACCGCUGCUCAUCAUCUUCAGGCGAAGAGCAUACUAGCUGGGCAGCAUCAUCAUUCUCAUCUUACUCACGGUAUAACGCCACCCGGUUUGGGCCUAGGGCCCCACACGCCGGAGGAGGCCCACGCGGCUGUCCUGGCGGCGGCGGCCGCGGCGUUGCAUCAUCAUCACCAGGGCGGACCCGGUGCACCAGGCAUGAGGCCCUUAAGGCCCCCAUUGCCCCCGGGCAUGCUGCACUCGUCGCCGCAUCCACUGGCGCCUCAUCAUCCUCUGGCGGGGCCUCAUCAUCCUCUGGUACCACCUCAUCAUCCCGAAGAGGAUGGGGUUGUCGAUGAUCCAAAAGUCACUUUGGAAGGGAAGGAACUUUGGGAAAAAUUUCACAAAUUGGGCACCGAGAUGGUAAUCACGAAAAGUGGCCGGCAGAUGUUUCCUCAGAUGAAGUUCCGUGUUUCCGGGCUGGACGCCAAAGCCAAGUACAUCCUGCUGCUGGACAUCGUGGCGGCUGACGACUACAGAUACAAAUUUCACAACAGCAGGUGGAUGGUGGCAGGCAAGGCGGAUCCCGAGAUGCCGAAGAGGAUGUACAUACAUCCGGACUCGCCGAGCAGUGGCGAACAGUGGAUGCAGAAGGUCGUGAGCUUUCACAAGCUCAAGCUCACGAACAACAUCAGCGACAAGCACGGCUUUGUAAGUACUACGAUAUUAAACUCCAUGCACAAGUAUCAACCCAGGUUUCACCUGGUCCGCGCCAACGACAUCCUCAAGUUACCCUACUCGACAUUUCGGAGUUACGUGUUCAAGGAGACCGAAUUCAUCGCGGUGACGGCAUACCAGAACGAGAAGAUAACGCAAUUGAAAAUCGAUAACAAUCCAUUUGCGAAAGGAUUUCGUGACACGGGUGCUGGGAAACGAGAGAAAAAAAGGCAGGCGCUGUUGACCGUGUCCGGUGGUGGUUCCCGUCUAACAUCCGGUGCACCGGCGUCCCCGGAGAAGAGACGCUCCUCGAACUUGGCGAACGAUCUUUUGGACGACGACGAUAAGCUGCUGGACGUGGUGGGUCCAGACACGCCUCAUCCGGCGCAUCAUCAUCGCGACAGGGAUCAUUCCAGAGACAGGGAUGACAGAACCAGUGAGAGGGGAGAGGGUAGCGAAUCGUCUGGUUCUGAGAGUGGUGGGGGUGGAGGUAGCGGAAGUGGUCCCGGUACUGCCGGUACGACGUCAGAAGGGCCGAGGCCGGAUGUCUCCGUGGGUCCACCGCUUCAUCCGCCACUUUUACCGUACCUCUACCCACCUGUGCCUGGACUUUACCCUGGACCAGGUCCUCUGAUACCUCCAAGUCCUCUUGGACUCCACGGCGGCGUUACACCGGGUAUGCUGUUCAACGCCCAAUUGGCUCUGGCAGCGUCUCAACAUCCGGCACUCUUCGCCCACUAUCCUCAUCCUCUGGCGAGUCCUCUUCAUCAACUGAAGGGGCACCGGUUUGCGCCAUACACUCUGCCGGCGCCGUCGCACGGCUCGGCCUUCGAGACGGUCACCCCAGGAAGCAGGACGCUCAGUCCGAGGUCACCGCCGCCAAGACCACCCACCGGCUCGCCAACGCCCGCUGGAUUGACCUCGACGAAUUCGACGAGCGGUGACCUCAAGUCAAUAGAGAACAUGGUGAACGGUCUUCAGGACAAGAGGCGACGUAGUCCCAGCUUGACGCCUGGACACAGGGGCGACGCGGACACAGGAGGGGGGAGUCCGUGACAGGAGAAUGACCGCGUGACAAGCACCGAUCAUCGAGACGACCACGAGGACCAUCACCAGGACCAUACCAGUAGCGAGGACUCGCUGGACGAUCGAGAAUUCGAGCCGGAUUCCACGUCGGAGCCGUCGUAGCCGGAUCUUGACGUCUAGCGAUUGAGCCAGGACAAUCCGAAUCCAGAGUCAUUGACGUUGGGUACCGGCGGGGACUCCUUGGAUAUCCAGCUAGAGACACGGACCUCAGACCUCGAAGAGUUCACCGUACGAAGAGUUCAGCAUUAAAAGAAGCUCCAAGGAAAAUUAAGAGUCCUGCGUCCUGCAGGUCGUUCCUCGAUGCGCAUCCCGUGGGAAGUCUCGAGCUACAAAGUGCAAUUUUUUCCAAGGGCGACGCCCGGCGUAGCGACCGACUUCGGUGAGCCCGACGCGUCGCGACGCUCGUGCCUCUCCCGCGCGUUUAAGCCCGCCCCCUCCCUUCCCUCCCGUCAGUGUACAUAGAGAACCCGAAGAGCACAAUUACGAUUUUAAUGGACAAGAGAUCUAGAUUUUUAAGAGGGAUCCACAGAUCACUAUUAAAGGCGAGAUGCUGGAGCGAAUACGUGGGACCCCGUCGGCCAAUUCUUCUAGAGCUGGACGCCGCCUCCGCCGCCUCCGCCGCCGCCGCCAACCGCUGCCGCUGCCGCCGCCGCCGCUCCCGAUGUUGCUGACGCUGUUGCCGCUCCCGCGGUACCCUUUUGCAUAAGUGCCGCCUGUGCUGUACAUUAUUACCCUUUAUGACUGGAGGAGCACACGGUGCGAGGAUUCAUUAAAAAUAGAGAUCGAUCAGGAUGGAUGCGAGUGACGUGUUGUUGGGCGUGCGAGUGAGAGAGAGAGAGAGAGAGAGAGAGAGAGAGAGAGAAUGGUGCGAUAUGAAAAAGAAAAGAGAUAGGAGACGUGCGUGAAACAUUGAAAAAGAGGGGAGGGAUACGUUUGGAAGUUCUACCUGCGAAUACUAAAUAUAAGUGAAUAAUUAGGAUGAUAUUUGCAAUAUAAAAAGCACCUUCACUAAUUGCAGUGAGAACCCAGGACCUCGAGAGCCCCAUUGUAAAUAUGUACCCUAGCGAUAUACAUAAUACAUAUAAAUAUUAUAUAUAUAAAUAUAUAUAUACACUCGAUGACACAUGCUACACGAGAAUACACGAACCUAUAUGUAUAAUGUAUAUACGUAUAUAUCAUAUACGUUAUAUAUAUACAUAUAUAGAUACGCAUUAUCCUCUGUAUUAAUUAUUAAAUAUAUUAUUAUAUUCAUUAAUAAGAGUCGUAAACGAUCAACGCAUAAAAACGCACACCCGCCCGGUUAAAACGCCUCGAUCGCUGACGAUAAACGCCAAGGGGUGGGGACACCGUGGGAAACGAGUAGAGUCGAGCGAGAAAAUGUUGGAAUUAGGGAAAAAGGGCGCAGUGGCGGAGGGGGGUUUAUCGUUAAAAAAAAAAAAUAUUGGAGUAGGGAGAUCGUGACAAAGGAUACGUUCAUACAAACUCUCGCUAUUCUUCUCGCUCCACGUGUCCUUUUCUCUUACUUCCUUUCACGUUUCCAUUUACCUUUAUUCACUGGUCGUCCGUAUUUUUGUGCAUUCUACGUAAAAGGGCUCUUCCUCGCGCCGUCAUUGUUAAUUUUAUAUCUUUCAUUUGCAUAUAAUUUUAUCAGCACCUCCGUUACGUCCGCUUGUCACGAAAUAUCAAAUUGUCCAUUCUGUUUGUCGUCGUAAAAUUUUGGAAAAAAAUAUCGUUUCCAUCAAUUUUUUCGCGAUUCUUAACGCGAUUACGAAGAUGAUUUAAAAAAAAGGAAUUUCAAUUAAAAAAAAAAAGCCUUACUCAACGAUCCCUAUUCGGUCAUGAGACCUUGCGAACUGUCAUGAUUUUUACGAAUAAAUACUUCUCGCGAAACUUUUGCCUACUCGUAGUCUCUCGGGAUCGUUCGAAUGUGUCUCACGAGUGCGAGCGAUCAUUCGCGGAAAUACACGAAUGCGGAGUGUUCGGAAAAGUGAGGAAAAAAAAUGGAUGGAAGAGAAAAAAACUGGAAACGAGCUCAGGGUUUACUUUUCGAUAAUCGAUGAGGUCGCCAAGCGGCUCAAAGUUACGUAAUAAUUCAUUACUCGUCUUCGUUGUUAUGUAAUCGGUACGCUUCGUUGUUUUUGUAAUGAUCUUAGCUCUUUUUCUCGUUUUCGUGAUAGAAAUUCGGGCGAUUCCGCAAAAAUGUAUAAAAAAAAGUAGCAAUUGAUGUAGAUAAUUAUUAAAUAUGUAAUAGGACGUCGAUUAACUUACAAAUCAAAGCGUGUGAAUUUUCUUAGAGAAUACGCACACUGGCGCGACAACACUGACACUAUAUACAAAUGACAUACGUACACCCUCAUUCGAAUACAUUAUGUAAACUUACAUAGUACACAGGGACACUGGUAUAUACAUAUAUACAUAGAAGAAAAAAAAAACUUACACUCGAUCAGAGAUUAUAAGUGAAGUCUCAAAAUGAUGAAUGAAUAAAAAAAAAAAGAAGUCUUUAUCGUUUGUAUGCGCUAUGAAAAAGCCUACGACUGCUAUAACAUACCCGCGUUGUCAUUUUACCAAUUUUCAAUAUCUUUCCUUUCUCUCUCGCCUUUUUUCGAAAAAUUCUAUGCGAAUACGUAUACGUGUGCGCGGCUCGCAUCGUCGCGCUGUUUUUGAAAUUUAGACUAGUCCUAUAGCUGCAACCCAGUACUUUACGUUCGAGGGACUUUUGGAAAUAUUUUUUUUUAAUUUGAAUAUUUUAUGUAGAUACUCGAUUUCGAAAAUAUCAUUCGACACAUUUAUAUUUAGUUCCUAUAGUUGUGAUUGCGAAUUAAAGAAAUUUUGUUUUUUUUAAUAAAUUAAGUCUGUGUAAAGAAAAAUUGUAAAAUUGUCUUCUGGGUUGCAGCCUGUCGAAAACUUGAAGGGACAUUUGUCGAAUUCCAAGGAUUUGGCGCAAGAGGAUUUUUGAGAUUUAUUUAAAAAAUAGAAUAUGCCAAGAUUCUUUUUCGAAAGAAAAGUCAGAACAAAGGACUGUUCAAAUGAUCUAUUGUCGUUUAUUUAUUAUAUCGAUUCGUUGGAAAUUGCAAAAUUUCUAUUUGCAAAUUUUAUCUGCCAAAUAUUAACGGUGUAUUUAUUACGAUAAAAAUCCUUGGAAGAAAAUUCGAAGAAAGAAGUAUAAAUGACUGUGUCGAAAAUUGUCCUUGCUUUAAUGACGUAGACGUGCGUGGGAGCGUUUGGUGCGAGAGUGCAGAAGUAAUUAGCGGAGAAAAAGAAUGAGUGAUAAGGAAUCGAUGUAAAAUGGCAAAGACAAGUAAACGAAGGGAGGGAGAGAUUAAAAAGAAAAAAAUUCGCGGGGAAGGAAGAAACUCAGAAUACCAAGUUAAACGUUACGUAUGCAAAAAGGGCGCAGCGCAGGGCCGUAAACGCCUGGCUGCAUAAGAAUCUACCAGUUACAUUAAUUGUUUCAUCGUUUAUAUAAUUUUCGAAGAUUUGCUCAAAAAAGUUUAUUUAUCCCACUUUCCAAUUGGCGAGCGGCCCUGCGGUUGAUUUUAAAACCAGCCCCAAUAUCCCAAAGCCUGGAAUCCUGAAAAGCAAUAAUAAGGCCCUGUGCGGCCGUAUCAUCCUCAAUUCUCCAGUCCCACCUCUUUUACGUCCCAAACCCUCGAAAAUCAUAUUCCUAUGGCUUGUAUUGUAUAUUGUACACCCUAGAUCCCAAACCCUCCAAGAACCCACAUGACUAAGAAUUAUAUAUUAAUUUAAAAAUA